GGAGCAAAGUUCCUUGGAAUUGACUGCUUCAUAGCAGUCUAUAAAAACGAGCUGUUGGUCUUUCUCCUCUUAGUUUUAGCAAAGAAGAAAUUGAAUAGAUAUGGGCAGGAAUAUACUGGAAUCACUAGGGUUGAGGUUUAUCGGCAUGACAAUGCUUCUGAGGAUGGGAAUGCUACAGAGGGCAGCAGCUCUUCCCUGCUCACCCUUUCCGUAUUCUGUUCUCAGGAAGCAAGUUGCCUAGAGAAAGAAUAUGAAGCUUCAUCGACUAAAAGUGCCAAAGAAGAGAAUCUUUCCCUCCAAAAGCUGAUAAGAGAUAUAACUGAGAUGGUGUUAGAUGACAGUGACAGCACGGUCAGCAUUAUCUGCACGGACAGUUCCCAGCAUGCAGACUCUAGCAACAUCCUCUCUUGUCUGAGCUGCGUUGACGCAGAGCAUGCCUUUGUAUUGGUUCAGGAAGCACUGGCAAGGAGGCGAGGAGCAACACAGGCCCUAAAAGAAGAGCUUUCUGCCAGGCAGGACUCCAUCAAUUUCCUGCAGCACCAGCACAGACAGCAGGAAGAGAAGUGCAGGAAGCUGCAGCAAAGGCUUGAGCAACUGGAGGAGGAAUGCAAGACAUCCAGCAGUGACCAGCAGCACCUCCAAUCUCUGGUAGAAGCACUCAGAAGUGACUGUGCAAACCUCGAGAAAACCAGGGAAGAGCUACAGCAACAGCUUGAAGUAACAGAGCAAGAAGCCUCGCGUCUGCGUCGAAGUAACACUGAACUGCAGCUUAAGGAAGAUUCAGCCCAAGGGGAGAAGGUGGAGCAGCAAGAGACGAUGGAGAGAGCGCGUCGUGACCAGGAGCUCCUACUGAAGGACUUAGCUGCACUUGAAGGAAAACAUUCCUUAUUACAGAGUGAGUUGGUAGUUGUGAGAGAGACACUGGAGGAAUCGCACCUUCAGAGGGAUCUGCUGAAGCAAGAGAAACAUGAGCUUACCAUGGCACUGGAGAAGGCAGAGCAGUCAGUAGCAGAGUUGACAGGGGCUCAGAAUAAGCUGACUGCUGAAAUAGCUGAUCUACGUGUUGCAGCAGCGAACAUGAGCAGUAUCAACGAAGCCCUUGCAUUGGAUAAAGUGCAACUGAACAAACUUGUGCUGCAGCUGGAGCAAGAGAAUGAAGUUCUGUCAAGAAAAGUGGAUGAGAUGGAGAGAGCAAAGAUCUCUGACCAGGAGAAGCUGAACUUGUGUAAAAGAACAAACGAAGAGCUCUGUGCAGAGAAAGCCCACCUGGAGCAGCUGCUGAAGAAAGCAGAGGAGCAACAGGAGGGGCUGCGGGUACAGCUGACGAUACUGGCAGAGGAGAAGGAAGAAAUGCAAGAGAAACUCGGUCAGGUUUCCCGCCAGCAAGAGUCCGCUAGCAGUGGUCUGGAGCAGUUGCGCCAGGAGUCCUCUCGCCAAGGGCAUGCACUGGCCAAGGUGUCCAAAGAAAAGAAAUUGCUGGUGCAUGAGAAGGCCGCCCUAGAGGUGCGACUGGCAGCUGUGGAGCGGGACAGACAAGGCCUUUCAGAGCAGCUGGCAGAGGCCAGGUCAGUGAAGGAGACCCUGGAAUCCAGCCUGUUUGAGACUCAGCAGCGCUUAUCUCAGCUGGAGAUCGCCAAGAGUCAGCUUGAAAUCCAACUUCACACAGUCACGCAGGCCAAGGAUGUGAUACAAGGGGAAGUGAAGUGCCUUCAAUGUGAGCUGGAAGCAGAAAGAUCUCUCAUGAAGCAGGAACGGGAAAACAUGGCACAACAGCUCUUGUGGACAGAACAGCAGUAUAACAGUACCCUCAAACGUCGGGAAACUGAUCAUGAAGUGGAAAUAAACAAGCUCCUGCAAGACCUGGCAAGUGAGCGGGAAGGGCACCAUUCAGAGCUGCAGGAGAUGCUGGAGCGAUGGGAAAAGGAGAAGGCGGAGACAGAAGGGGAGCACAAGAAGCAGCUGUUUGAUAUGAAGCAGAAGGUUGCUACCAUGCAAGCUCAACAAGAGGAGGAACGAACCAGAAUUGAAAACGCCAAGCAAGAGGUCCUGCUAGAAAAGGAGAGUGAGAAGGACGCUUUAUUAGAGACGCUACUCCAAACUCGGGGAGAGCUAAGAGAAGCCUACCAGCAGCUAGACCAGCUCAGGCAGGGGGUGAAAAAGCAGCAAGAGAAUGGGCAGAACAUCACAGAAAAGCUGGAAGCAGAGCUGCAGGAAACUCGGAGUAAGAUCAAGGCAGUGGAGAAGAGGCACAAGGAAGAAAUCAAAACCAUCAAAGAGGAAAUGAAUAGUCUUCUUCAGCAGAGGGAUGCUCUACAAAAACAGGUGGAAGAGCUGACGUCUCAGCUAGCAGCCUCUGAAGAGUCUCUAAAGAAGGAGGCUAUGACUCUACAUCAAGAGGUGGUGUCUUUGGAAAGAAAACUUGAGAGCACUGAGAAGAAAAGAAAGGAUGUCCAGCAUGAACGGGACAGACUGCAAGCAGUUAAAGAAAAACUGGUAUGGGAGAUAAAACUUCUUCAGGAAUCAGUCACAGUCUCUGAAACCCGAGCAAAUACAGCAACAGAUAUGAAUCACUCCCUUGAACAAGAACUCCAAACUACGCUGUCUAUCUUAAAAAUUAAAAAUGAGGAAGUGGAAACGCAGUGGGAGAAAAUCCAGAUGCUACAGAAAGAGGCAGCAGAGGUAAAAGCUUUGCAGGAGAAUCUCACUCGUAUGACUGCCAUCCUGUCAGAGAGGGAGGGAGAAAUGAAGUUAUACCAGGAACAGAUGAGAAUGCUGGAAAAGCAGAAAGAAAUGCAUAAAACUACUCUCGAUCAGGUUAUGAAGGACGUAACAGAGGAAAAACAGAAGACAGAAUCCCAGCAAGAACGCAUAGAGGAGCUGGAGAAGCAGCAAGAAGAACAAAGGAUUUCUGUAAGCAAGAUGAGCAAAGAGCUGGAGGAGAGAGACCAGGAGAUCAGAUCCCAGCAAGAACACAUACAGGAGCUGGAGAAGCAACAAGAAAUGCAGACGACUGCUGCCACCAAGAUGAGUAAAGAGUUGGAAGACAGGGAGCAGGAGAUCAGAUCCCAGCGAGAAUUGAUAGCAGAUCUGGAGAAGCAGCGAGAAAUGCAGGGGACUGCUGCAAACAAGAUGACCAAAGAGCUGGAAGACAGGGAGCAGGAG